AGAGACGUUCUAUGAAAAGAGAAACUUUACACCUCAGUGAAGGAUUAGGAGAGUUAUUUGAUACCACUCUAACAUUGACAUAGGGUGUCAAUAAUACUACAAACAGAGAGAUAGAGGGACACUGGCAUUGGAAUUUUACACCUCUUUUUUCUGAAUGUGCUCCCUGUGUAUUGCUUUUCUUAGAGUAAAGCAGCGCUCUUCGAAAGGGAUUUACUUCAGCACAGCGUCCCCAUUGACCAGCGACAAAAGCUUAAAGGAAAACGGUAGUUGAGGUAAUCAGUAUUUAUGGAAAUGGGAACAAACUUUCAGAGAGGAGUAAGACAUUUAAAUGGCGAAAUAUUCACCCAAGACUCAGAAGAAAAAGACACACAGAUCUUACGCAGUGAACAAGAAAAGGCUUUGGGAUUCUAAGUUGCAAGGCAAAUUAAAGAAAGAGAAACAUGGCUCAAACUGUACGACUACGUUUGAUUCUUGGAAUCACGUUAUUCAUCGCAUUUUCGACGACAGCUCCAAUUGCAGCUAAGCCUGCGGUGUCAAGAGAUAAAUAUGCAGCUAUCUACGAUUCACUGAAAAAGCCGUUGGGGGAUAUUCUAGAAGUCACAAGAAGUACCGCUAUGUCUUUUGCAAAGGAAAAGAAACUUGAUAACGUUGGCUUAAGCGAGGGACUUUUAGAAAUGUGCCAAAGUUACAUUGGAGAGAACAAUGUAAAAAGUAGCAAGGAGCGUCAAAAGCGAUUUGUCUACGUCAUGAAGGUGUAUCAAGAACUCGUUAAACAAGUGCAAAAGGUUCAGAUCAGUGAAAGCAAGUUGAAUGGAGGCAAAUGCUCUGUAUUGCUGAAGAAAAUCAGACGGAUCGAGUUUAAGCUGAGAGAUUUUGUCGAGACUACGUUGAGGAAUGCGGCAACUGACAUUAUAGAGAACAGUGAAAGAAAGAUGGUACCGUCGUAUUCAGUUGGAAACGAUCAUUUGGCUGGAGUGGAUAGCAUGGCUUCUGAUGUCAGCAAAAAGAAUCUUGAAAUUCUGAAUGCUAUCUUGCUGUGUACUGAAAAUUUCUUGAAAAAUGAUGUAAUGCAAGUUGCAGGGAACGAUGCACUACUUACGCUGGUAGCUUUUAAUAUGAAGGAGCUGAAAUCUGAUACAGAUAGGUCAAAGGGCGUCAAUGGGGCAACAAAGAGCGAAGAACUUCCAUCAACACAGGAGGAGAAGAGCCUUCACAAGAACAAAUAUGGUUCGACUCAAGAACCAGAAGGCGUCAAUACCAAGCAGGGAGGCAUCCGCAAAGAGAAGGAAAAGGCCCAUGGAGAGGAAGAAGAACUCUACAGGAAGGAAGGGGGAUCGUACAGAGAUGAAGAAAGGAACCACGAGAGAGAAGAGGGACUCCACGUGAAAAAAGUUAAGCUCUCUAAGGAUAUAGAGGAGUUUAAUCAAAACAAGAGGAGAAUCCACAUUGGAGAAAAGGAAGGCCAUAGAGAGGAUGAAGAAGCGCAUAGGCAGGAAAGUCACUCGUACAAAAGGGACGAAGAGGAACAGAUUGAAGAAAAGGGAGCCCAUACGGAAGAAGAAGAAUCCUACAAGAAUGAAGAAGAGUUUAACCAAAAUAAAAGGGGAACCCACAUAAGAGAGAAAGAGGGCCAUAGAGAGGACGAAGAAGCACACAAACAGGAAGGUAAAUCGUACACAAGGGACGAAGAGGGAAAAAUUAAAGAAGAGGGAGUCCAUAUGAAAGAAGAGGAACUCUACAAGAAUGAAGAAGAGCUGAAUCAAAAAAAGGGAGGAAUCCAAAGGGACGAAAAAUAGAUCCAAAGGGAGGAAGAACAUUCAUAUAGGCAAGAAAGAAUAUCACACAGAAAUGAAGAAGGAGAACAAAGGAAAGAAGAAGGUAUCUAUGUAGAGGAAGAAAGUCUCCAAUAGAAAAAAACAUCGAGAAAUUUGAAGUUAAUUUUAGAUGGGAAGCAUGCAGAGAAGGAAACUAUUAUAGAGAAGAAGCGUCUGCUACAGCGGAUAAAAUAUAUUAUUAUAUCUUUAAUUAAAAGAAGACUUUUAUUUAAUACAAAACUAUUUUGAGAAGAACUAUGAUAGCAUAGUUAAGGGAAAAAACAUACUGUUAAAUCAUGUAAUAUUUAUUUACUUAUUUUCAAAAAGUGCCCUGAGUCCUAUGAAAAUCAUAUGUUUUUCACUUACAUUCUGGAACGAUUUUGUCAAUUUUUACCUGUGACUAGGAGUAAUGUGAAUGACUGGACAAUAAUUCAUUCUCAAAGAGUAACGACAUAAUCAAGCCAAUUCCUGCAAGAAAAAAACUGAGUUGGGAAGCUGCAUGAUGUUUUUGCAAUUUUGUAAGAGCUUUGUACCUCACACGGAGGUAACAGAUUACAAAAAAUAAUGUGUAGAAACAAAUUAGAUACAUCAUAGACAGAAAAGCAACCAUUCUCAAAAUUUAUUUUAAAAAACCUAUAUCAAUCACGGACAGCCACAAAUGUUUUUCUCUAAUCAGGAAAAGCUCUUGAUGUAUAGAACAGGACGGUUCUAAUUUGCUAUUCCGAGUUUCAAUUUAGGGUAGCAACUUAGAAUCAUCCUGUUUAAUACACCAAAACCAUGUACUGCUUUGCCUAUACGGCAUCGAGCAUUUUAUGACAGACCAGUGAACAGUAAUUUUCUUAGCUUGAUAAAAGGAAUGAAAAUGCAGCGUUGAAAGCAAAACCUCAUUUUGUUGCCUUGAGUAACUUGAGUAUUUUGUUACUGAAAGGCAUUUGCUGACUUUGAUAACAUGUUGCGAAGCAGGCUAGAUGUACUUGUUUAAUUUUGAAAUUUUAGGCCGAUUUAACUGUUUAAAUUGGUAAGAGCAACGGGAUGAAUUAGCCAUACUACUAACAACAGCUCUAUCCUUGGAUCUGUAAGACAUCUAAGUAGACCUAAAAAGCAAAAGGUCUUUCAUUAUCUGCUAAACGUGACUCUUUGUCAAAAUAUAGGGCAGUUUUCUCUGUCCUGUUGAGGGAUUGCAACCCUAAGUUCAACAUUUAUCACAACAUUUCAAUUACAGGAACUUGAGCCAGUGCCAUCGGAACGAAAUUCAUAUUUGGGGGGGGGGGGGGCCCAUGGUAUUGCUCCCCAUUCAGUACCCUGUUGUAAAGGAAAUAAGUUAUGGUUUGACAAUGAUUGGGGGCUCCAGCCCCCCAGCCCCCUCCCUCGCUUCCAAUGGCCCUGUAAGCCAACCAAAGACUUAAGCAUCACAGCUGGUUAUUUGAAGGAGCUACAAACAUCCAAUGAUUUAAAAAUAUGAGAGGAAAGACAUCCAAUAUAGUUUUUUAGUUGCAAUGUUAAAAGCAAGCCAACAUUGAAUUGCUUGUUACUAGCAGCAAUCACUCUAUGCGGUUGUUAAUCAAAAACCAGUCAGCGAUGGAUGACUCUGUUUUGCAUUGCAUCUCGUCGAUGUCUGUGUAAAACAUAAUUUUCGCAUGAACUUCCCUCCUACCUUCACCUUUUUGUAAAUUUCAAGGACUUUUAUCAAUCAUAAACCAAGUAAGUUUAAUUCAAUUUAUAUAUUUUCAAUACACAAAAAUUUUAAGUUAUGCUGCAUUUUUCUUUGUCAAUUUUUGCUGUUGAUUGUCUUAACUUGUUAUUUUAACAUUGAUCUUUGAGUUGCUAACAGCUCAAACUGUUCAAACUUGGUUUGAAAUAAGAUUAAAGCCUACUCUUUGAAUAAAGCAAAUUUUCACGACAUGAUUCCUGGUUGUCACAAAGACUACACCUUUCUCGAAGAGAAAAUGUCAAUUUGUAGAAAAGUCCUUGAAAAUACUGUGAAAGUUCAUUGCCAGUGGAUCUUGCUGAGUAUCUUUCUGUAUUGUUUAUAAGACAUGACAUGACAUUCUCGUUAGCUCCCGACUAGCUCCCAAUUCGUCCACUCUAGACUUUUUGGGCUGGUGACCCUCGUGGUGACUUGACCUUCUCGCGCCUACAAAGAACAAACACUUUGAAAAGGAAUAUUUUUUCUUAGAUGUGAUAUUGCAAGUUGAAAUUAGUCAAUUUCCUAGGUUUGAAAGGAAAAGCAAAGAUGUGUCAGUAAAAAAGAUAUAGAACUGUUUACGGGCGUAGCAUUAAAUGUUCAAAUAAAAAGUAAAUAAUAAUUAGCAUUAUAUGUAACAUGUUUAGAAAAAAAUCAGUCAGAGUUUGUAUUCUAGUUUUGGAAAAAGCAAGAAAUGACCGUUAAAAUAAUUCCAUUCAGAAGAAAAGAAGGUCUAUAAUUGCCAAAAAAUUUUGAAACCU